AUGCAAGGCCCUUUUUCAUUAUCAAUCAGUGGAAAGCGCCUGCAAAAAAAGCCAGCGAUUGGAUCUAAGUUCUAUAUUGCUGACUUUGGAAACAGCUCUAACUCUCUAUUCAUAGUUAGAAAUCAGUUUACUGAUGUUUUGAUUCAAUCAAAUGACUAUUCAACAAUUUCGAAAAUAUACGAGACAAGAUUUACCGAACGUAUAGUGAGUGCAUCUGCAAUGCCCGGCAAAAAAUGGUUCCUUGUUGUUUUACAAGGAUUUGGCGAUGGUAUUGAUCCACGACCAUUUUACAGGGCAAUAUUCAUCAAUGCAGUUUCAAAGACAGCAGAAUUACCCGUAACUAUGAAAACAAAUACACCACAAUAUGUAUCGUGGGCUUAUUCCCCGGAUAACCCAGUUUUUCUUCAUCUAAAAUACGACAAAGACAAAAAUCCAAUUAUUAGCACUUACGAAUUUAACUAUGAUCCAAUUUCGUCAUCAUUUACCAUAAAUUUCAGAAGGAAUCACGAACAUUUCAUGUGGUUUAAUACAGGAAUGAAAGGGGCAACACACCAUACAUAUAUGGUUCAAUUUGAUCCAACUACAAACAAUUUAGUUUUUUCAGAUCGAACAAAAACAGAUUUAUAUCCAAAAACAUGUAUUUUACCUAGUAAUAUCGAAUUGGGAUGCAAUACUGAAUUUAAAGCUUUCUCAGCUUCAGUAAAACAUAUGUCUUUCCAGAAAUGCGGCCAAAGAAUGAUUAUCCAUACUUCUUCUAACAAAUUAACGAUCAUACUACCUUUCUCGUCAUUAAAGGCUGAGAUAACUCUUGACUACAUCGAUCUUCCGCCAAAAUCUGAUCCAUCCCUCUUCGAAAAGUUCACUACAACCCAAGAAUUAGAAGACUCAUGCUUACAGUAUGAUCCUCUGAACGUUUCCGAUUUCCCAACUACGAAAAUUCCUUUUGUUAUGUGCAAUAAUGGUUUUUACAUCAUUACUGCACCGAAAGGAAUGAUCACAUGCUUCCUUCUCGACAAGGCCGAUCGUGUUAGAGCCUCUUUUUCAACGGCAAUGCCAGAUAAUUGCCUCCAAAUGCACAAAAUGUCAUCUCUCAACGACCAGGCCACGCUAUGUCUAUCACAGGAGACAGGAGAAAUCUUUAACUGCCACUUAAAUGCAGAUUUCUUCGUAAAACGAGAUCCGAAAUUUUCAUUGUCACUUUUACACGCUUUUAUCACUCCACGUAAUCACGAUAUCUCAAUAGCCGAGUUUAUAACACCCAGGCUGCUCAAAACGUUCUGGAAUUGCGAGUUUUUCUCAGAAGCGUUAUUAUUGCUUUUCAACUCUGACCAACAGAACAGGCCAUUCGCAGAUCGUGUCUGCUCCACAUUAUUGGACCCAAAGAGACACGGCGACUCACUAUUUUCGGAAUAUUUGACUCAACCACGAGGAGAGAUCGCAGAGCAGUACAAAUCAUUCCGAGAAAUAUUUAAGAAGAUUCCGAAGUCUAUAAUGGAACAACUUCCUCCAAAUCUUCAAGAUUUCGGACAGAUUGUCAAAACUUUGAUUUCUCUUUUAGACACCGACUUCUUCAACGUUGAAACAUUCCCUGUAGACUGCCAAUUCGCAUCGAGACUCCAGAUAACAGCUCUAAAACACUUUUUAGAUCCAAACGCCAUCAUUUUAACCGCCAAAACCGUUUUCCCAGAAAAUUUCAGUGAAGAAGUAUUAAGUACAUGGCUGAUGCGUGGCAUGAUUGAUGAGCCAAUUGUAAAGGAAUGGCAGCCAGGCAUUGUUUCUCCUCUUAUUCUUUCACAAGAAAACGCUUUCGACAUUGUAAAUGACAUUUGGUGGUUCAUGAAGAUGAAGAACGCUUCUUUGUUAUUUAAGCAGGAAGAUGAUCCUCUAACUAACUUGUUCCAACACGUUGAGCAGGCAACAUUGAGACAGAAUGAGUUUGGACCUCUUAUUUUCUCUAUUCACCAGUAUUUGUUGCAGCCAGAGAUGGAUAAGCCAAUUUUCGAAAUAUGA